UGCUUCUCGCGGUUAGUCCCGCUCUAGACUGAGUUAGAGGAACCACAAUUGUGACAAUAUAGCUUAUUGAACGUAGUUAGCUGAAUUGGGUCUAACUCAAUUUGAGCCAGCCUGUUAGCAGGAAUUUGAUUAGUCGUAUUAUUUAAUCCCGAUCGGUUUAUUUUAUACGCCGUUUAAUUGAAGCGUGUUUCCUUCGCGCCCAAUUAGACUUGUCGACUCGUAUGUCUUUGUGAUAUUUUCCCGCGGAUUCCGCCGUGUCUUCUGGAGGUUCUACCUCGAGUUUCUCCACCUUCUGGUCAUCCUCGGCUCCAACACGUCGUCCGACACCGGCACCAUUUCCGACUUCUUCAAGCCCAUCCUGGAUGUGAUGGAGGGCUCGGGCUUCGACGACUCGCUGUUCUCCGACUUUACCGGAGGGCAGCUACCCGGCACCUCGACCAUCCUGUGCAAGUCGGACUCCAGGAACGUCCACAGCAUCCAGGUGAUGUUGGGGCUGGGACACGAGGUUCCUCCGGACCAACAUCACCACGACAUCACUGUCAUGUUCCAACAUCCCUCGGCUCAGCAGCAGCGCAAGGAACACGAGCUGCAGGACAACGCCAACAUGAUACCACAAGUUUCAGGAACAACGGAUCCACCACCACCAAAGAAAUCCGAAUCAAAGAGUAAAAAGGGUGACAACAACGGCGUUAAGAAGAAAAAGACAAGAACCACGUUCACGGCUUAUCAGCUGGAGGAGUUGGAGCGAGCGUUCGAGAGAGCACCGUACCCCGAUGUGUUCGCUCGGGAGGAACUCGCCCUCAAGCUGAACCUGAGCGAAUCCAGAGUCCAAGUGUGGUUCCAGAACAGGAGAGCUAAAUGGCGAAAACGGGAGCCACCCAGGAAGACGGGAUAUCUACCAAGUACAGGAGUUCCUGGAUCCCCCAGUUCGUCUAUAGGCUCCAACAGCUUCACACCCUUGAGUCCCUUCAACUCUCCGGCCAGUAACCCUCCCUCUGUGCCUACUAGCACCCCAGACCCCUGGGGCUACCCUCCCUCCUACCAGCUAGCUCAGAUGGACAUCCUCAAUGACUACAACUACCAUCCUGCCCCCAGCUGCAACUCCCCUGGGCCUGUGUACUCCAACAACUAUCCGAUCAUGGGAGCUCAACAUGGAAACUUCAACUCCGUAGGGAUGUUCCCCAACAUGAGACACCACCAGGAGUUCAUGAUGGGCGGAGGCGAGGAUUCUCCACCACACUACCCCCAUCCUCUGGAGAUGGAGCCCAAGCAUGAGUAUGUGGAAGGAGAGCACCACCACCACCCACACCCGCACCCGCACCCGCAGUACCACCCGGACACCCAGGACCCGGGCUUGGGUGAGGUGAAGGACACCACCAAUAUCGGAGGGUACAAUGUGGACAAGGGGGAGUGUAGAGUGAAGAUAGAACCGGAGUCGCAGAGUUACGGGACGUUGCCUCCGUUCAUGAACUGACUAGAACGUGGUCUAUGUCCGUCCCGGGGCAAGUACUAGCACUACACUCCAUUCCACAUUCACCUUGCUGUACGGAGUAUCAAUAGAUCAUGUAUUUCAAAGUGCUGUUUCAUAUUGGCUGUCCUAAAAAAUCUGAAUCCGAGAAAUGGUCCUUUGGCCUUUCUUUUACUUACGUGUUUACGACUAAUAAUAACUAUAACAAAGUCAAAACCAAAACCAUUAUGUCAAAAUACCAAUAUCUUAAUAAGUAACAAGUUCUGCAACGCCUCUGUGACGAAAGUUGAAACAAAUCCGCAUGACGUUAACAUGAUGUUUCCCGUAUUAUUGGUAGGAAUACUAACUCCCAUGUACUGCACGGUGAAUGUGGAAUUGAACCUUUGACGGUAAAAAUUCAGAGUGCUG